GGGCCUGCGCAAGGGCGGGAACGCGGCGCUGUCACGCAUGCGCGGGGCGGCGGAGCGGGCGCUGCCCUCGCUGGCAGUGCUCGCUAAGAUGGCGGACUUCCUGCCGUCGCGCUCCGUGCUGUCGGGCUGCUUCCCCGGCUGCCUGCUCAGCAGCGGCGAGGCCGAGCAGCAGCGCAAGUCCAAGGAGAUCGACAAGUGCCUCAACCGCGAGAAGACCUACGUGAAGCGCCUCGUCAAGAUCCUGCUGCUGGGAGCGGGUGAGAGCGGCAAGUCUACUUUCCUCAAGCAGAUGAGGAUCAUCCAUGGGCAGGACUGGGACCGGGCGGCCCGGGAGGAGUUCCGAGCCACCAUCUACAGCAACGUGAUUAAAGGUGUGAGAGUCCUUGUGGAUGCCAGAGAGAAACUUCAUAUCCCCUGGGGUGAUCCUGCGAACCAGAGUAACGGAGACACGAUGAUGGCGUUUGACACCCGCUCGGUUUCAGUGGUGCAGGGCAUGGUGGAGACAGCAGUGUUCCUGCAGUACCUGCCAGCCAUCCGAGCCCUAUGGGCUGACAGUGGCAUCCAGCACGCAUACGACCGGCGCAGGGAGUUCCAGCUGGGGGAAUCUGUAAAGUAUUUCUUGGACAACUUGGAUAAACUUGGAGAACAAGAUUACCUUCCCUCACAGCAGGACAUCCUGCUGGCCCGGAAACCUACAAAAGGGAUUCACGAGUACGACUUUGAAAUCAAAAACGUCCCUUUCAAAAUGGUUGAUGUAGGCGGCCAAAGGUCCGAACGGAAGCGGUGGUUCGAGUGCUUCGACAGCGUCACAUCCAUACUCUUCCUCGUCUCCUCGAGUGAGUUUGACCAAGUGCUGAUGGAGGAUCGGCAAACGAAUCGCCUGACGGAGUCCCUGAACAUUUUUGAGACAAUAGUCAAUAACCGGGUGUUCAGCAACGUCUCCAUCAUCCUCUUCUUAAACAAGACGGACUUGCUUGAGGAAAAAGUAAAAAAAGUGAGCAUCAAAGACUAUUUCCCCGAGUAUGAGGGGGAUCCCCACUGCUUAACAGAUGUCCAGAAAUUCCUGGUGGAUUGUUUUCGUACCAAACGCCGGGACCAGCAGCAGAAGCCCCUCUACCACCACUUCACCACUGCUAUUAACACAGAAAAUAUCCGGCUAGUUUUCCGUGACGUUAAGGAUACCAUCCUUCAUGACAACCUCAAGCAGCUUAUGUUACAGUGAUGUGCAAAAAGACAGUUUUAUUUGAGUAACUUUUGUGUGUUGUUUUUGGUUUUUUUUUUAACUAGGAAGUUUACAGCAGGAGUAGAGAAAUCCAGAUCCUGUCAGACUUCUCGAUACGUGGCUAAAAGCUGCUGCUGAACACAUUAUUGCCAAUUUCUGCAGAAAUUCAGGCUUAAUCUCUUCCAGUGUAGCUUCAAGUUGACUCCAGUUGUAAUUUUAUAGCAGAUCUAUGUCUAAGUACCUGUAAAGUGAUAAAUCUGACCUUUUAUGAACAUAUAUAUUAUUAUCCUAGGAAAAAAAUCAUUCCACCUUCAGAAUUCCAAGUCCAAAGUUCAGCGAAAUUGUUGCAAUUGUUAGACUGUGGCAGUAAUUUAAGGGGGAAGAAACUCUUCACAUCUAACUCUGUUAUGAAGACUGUGAUACCAUAGCUGACUUAUGAUUUCUCAGGUCUAUUGUUGGUUAGAAAUCCCAUAAAUCCCUUGCUGGAAUCAUCUCUUUGAAGCUAGGAUUCCCGGGUGUAACGUCCUUCCUGUUUAAGUACUGGUCUUUGCAUGGGGUUUGACUAGGAGAUGGUUUAAAUAUACUUAGGUUGGGAGCUUUGGCCAGUCCUGGCAGGAAGUACAACCGCAGGCAGAAUUCCAGCGAUGAGGAAUUAAUGAAUGGCACAGUACACGGUUUCACUCUACUGCAUUGUACCGACGUCUUGGAGCCAUGGCAAAGCACAGAGCACUGUGAUAUGGUCCUCUUGAGAGUCUUACAUGGGAAGGGGGGAGCAAGCUCAACUUGUAUUUAUCUUCACUAACCAGAUACUACAUGUAGGUACCUUACCCUGUUCUUGAAGCGCUUUAAUAUAGCACUGGUUUAUCUUUACUUUC